AUGGGGGAAGGGUUGGAGAAGCCUGAAGAGAGACUGGAGGGGGCUCAGCGGCCCUUGGCUAAUGCUUCUACCCGAGGGCACAGGGCUCUGGCAGUGGCCAGUUACGGGGGCUCCCGUCUUGGGAAGGAGAAGGCGCUGUGGACUACUCAGGCUGAUGGACGGGUCCGUCUGCGCAUAGACCCCAGCUGCCCACAGCUUCCCUGCACUGUACAUCGGAUGUUCUCCAAGGCUCUGGACAAGUAUGGGGACCUCAGCGCCCUGGGCUUCAAGCGCCAGGACAAGUGGGAGCACAUCUCCUACUUCCAGUACUACCUGCUUGCCCGCAAAGCUGCCAAGGGCUUCCUGAAGCUCGGCCUGGAGCGGGCCCACAGCGUGGCCAUCCUUGGCUUCAACUCCCCGGAGUGGUUCUUCUCAGCAGUGGGCACAGUAUUUGCAGGUGGCAUCGUCACUGGCAUCUACACAACCAGCUCCCCUGAGGCUUGCCAGUACAUCGCCCAUGACUGCCGUGCCAACGUCAUCGUGGUAGACACGCAGAAGCAGCUGGAAAAGAUCCUGAAG